AUUGCUGUCCCCUCCCCCUUUACCUCAUAAUAUAGUCUUGACGACAUUGUCCUCUUCCUUUGCUCUCAUAUACCGAUAACGACGAGGGCAGUGCAAGAUGUCCGCGGAAAAGAAUCCACAUAUUCAAGAUGCAGUCCAAACUCACGAACUUCAGGACGAGGCGGAGUUUAAAAGUCCAGGUGUCAAACGCAUCGCAGCUAUCUCGUCGCAACUGGGGCUUGUAGCUCGUGUCUUUCUGUUCUUUGGAAUCUUUUUGGUAGCCUAUGUAUAUGGCUUGGAUGGACAGCUGCGAGUGACUUAUCAGCCUUUGGCAACAAGUAGCUAUGCUAAGCACAGUUUGCUUCCUACGAUCACUGUUUUACGUAAUGUUAUUGCAGCUGCCGCACAGCCAACAGCUGCAAAAAUCGCCGAUGUCUUCGGGAGAGUAGAGCUGAUCUUCGUCUCGGCUUUCUUCUACACUAUUGGGACUAUCGUGGAGGCUUGUGCCGACAACGUCGAGACUUUCUGCGCGGGCGCUGUUCUAUACCAGGUCGGAUAUACGACGAUGAUUCUACUUGUCGAAGUUCUAGUAGCAGAUACGACUUCCCUUCGAUCCCGUCUGCUCUUUUCCUAUAUCCCUGCGACUCCUUUCCUUAUAAAUACCUGGGUUGGUGGCGACGUCGCCUCUGCCGUGUUGAAAGUCACCAGCUGGCACUGGGGCAUUGCAAUGUUUGCAAUCAUAUUUCCUAUUUGUACCAUCCCUCUCUUUGCGACGCUGUUUGUUGGACAUCUCAAAGCCAAAAAGGCCAAUGGCGAGACAUAUCAACAUCCUAUUCGGCUUCUAGGUGCAGGGAAAUUUGCUAAAGAAUUGUUCUGGUACCUGGAUGUGGUGGGAAUCCUGCUUUCGAUUGCUUUCUUAGCUCUUAUUCUUGUUCCAUUCACGAUCGCCGGUGCCGCGGCCGAGCAAUGGAAGACUGCGAAGAUUUUGGCACCGCUAAUUAUAGGUUUAAUCUGUCUGCCCCUGUUUGUCAUUUGGGAGCGUUCUUACGCCCGGUAUCCCAUGGUUCCCUUCAAACUGCUCAAGGACCGCGCGGUUUGGGGCGCUCUCGGCAUAGCAACGAUGCUCAACUUAGCUUGGUCAUUGCAGGGCACAUACCUCUACACCGUGUUGCAAGUCGCGUUUGACCAAAGUAUCCUCAGUGCAUCACGUAUCUCGUCUCUAUACAGCUUUGCAUCCGUUAUAACAGGAUGUAUACUCGGCGCGAUUAUUAUCAAGGUAAAACAACUGAAGCCUUUCAUAGUUGCCGGAACCAUUCUUUUCGCGGUGGCUUUCGGCAUUCUCAUACAGUUUCGCGGAGGAACAGGUAGCUCAAGUUACUCUGGUAUUAUCGGCGGAGAGAUACUUUUGGGUAUUGCGGGUGGCAUGUUCCCAUACCCGGCCCAAGCAAGUAUACAGGCUGCCACAAAACACGAGCAUGUCGCUGUAAUCACUGGUCUGUACCUGGCGUUGUACAACGUUGGAAGCGCUAUAGGGGGCACAAUUUCUGGCGCUAUAUGGAGACAGAGGAUGGGUAAAGAGCUCACUAAGCACCUUGGUACUGCAAAUGCCACUCUCACCGAUUUGGCUUUUGGGCAGCCUUUUGAUUUUAUCGUUUCAUAUCCUGUCGGAACACCUGAGCGGGAAGCUGUCACCCUAGCAUACAGAGAGGUCCAGCGUCUCCUUUGCAUCACUGGCAUAUGUCUGACGGUGCCUCUGAUCGUCUUUUCUCUUUGCAUCCGCAACCCAAGGUUGACGAAAGAUCAAAGCCUUCCCGAUGCCGAACGGGAGGAGUAAGUGCCGCCCUUCAAGCUUGCUUAUUUAGCAGUGUGAGACAAUGCAAGACUGGCGUUCCUGUGCUAGAACCAACCUCAGCUCGGAAGCUUUACUCCUUUCCGCUAAUAUGUGCUGUGUGAAUGGUUGAAAGGCCGGCGCAUUCGAAAUUGUCAACCUAAUCGUGUUAAUAGUUGUUAGUAUUUGUAUAAUCUGGCUGAUAUUGAUGAAAUUCAGCGCGCCUUAGAGUCUUUAGUGAAAAUCUAGAC